UGCCGCGCGUCGCCCCCUUUGCAAACAGGACAGGCGGAGCAGCGUGUCUUUCAGAGACAGAGAGCUCUACCGCCUCUAUCCCGGCUCGGAACUAGCAAAUCCACUGGAUAAAGUUUAAUGUAAUCCCUGCAGACAGUCACUUUAAAAACCCAUUAUCUUUUCAAAGCUAAUCAGGUCGAAAGACGAGCUAUUCAAAUAAAGAAGGAACAGACAGCAGUUUUUAAUACCUAACGGGGACGACUUUUUUUAAAAAGUUUGAAACACUGCUUUAUAUUUAUAUAUCGUAACAGAUUGUUCUUUCUUUCAUUAUUCUUUUAACUUGGUGCGAGUUUACACUAGAAGGAAUAUGCCUCUCUCAAGAUCUCUCUCGAUGACCUCUCUGAAUGGCUUGCCCCAAUGGGAAGAUGAAGAUUUACCAGUGGAAGAUUUACUGCUUUUUGAAGUUUCUUGGGAAGUAACUAACAAAGUUGGAGGAAUUUACACUGUAAUCCAGACCAAAGCAAAAAUCACCGUUGACGAAUGGGGAGAGAACUUUUUCAUGGUGGGUCCGUACUACGAGCACAACGUGAAGACCCAGGUGGAGCUGUGUGAGCCGCCCAACCCUGCCAUUAAGAAGGCCAUGGAUGCCCUGCGGUGCAGUGGCUGUCAGGUGUAUUUUGGCCGGUGGUUGAUAGAAGGCAGCCCGUACGUAGUCCUGUUUGACAUCGGUGCCUCUGCUUGGAACCUGGACCGCUGGAAAGGGGAAUUCUGGGGUGCAGCAGGCAUUGGGCUUCCUUAUCACGAUAGAGAAGCGAAUGACUCCUUAAUCUUCGGGUCCCUAACAGCAUGGUUCUUUAAAGAGCUCACAGAUCAGUUUCAAGGGACGCCAAGCAUCAUUGCCCAUUUCCACGAGUGGCAGGCGGGAGCCGGGCUAAUACUGUGCCGCUCCCGCAAGCUGCCCUUAGCGACCAUCUUCACCACCCACGCCACGCUGCUGGGGAGGUAUCUGUGUGCGGGCAGUGCUGAUUUCUACAACAACCUGGACAAGUUCAACGUUGAUAAAGAGGCUGGGGAGAGGCAGAUAUACCACCGGUACUGCAUGGAGCGGGCUGCCGUUCACUGUGCACACGUCUUCACCACAGUGUCACAGAUCACUGCCAUCGAGGCUGACCACAUGCUCAAGAGGAAGCCAGACGUAGUCACUCCCAAUGGUCUGAAUGUCAAGAAGUUUUCGGCCAUGCAUGAGUUUCAGAACCUUCAUUCCACAAACAAAGGGCGGCUUCAGGAGUUUAUCCGCGGACACUUCUACGGGCACCUUGAUUUCAGUUUAGAAAAGACCCUGUUCUUCUUUAUCGCUGGGAGAUACGAGUUUAUGAACAAAGGCGCUGAUAUCUUCUUGGAGUCGCUCUCCAGAUUAAACUUCCUGCUCAGGGUUCAUAAGCGCGAUGUCACGGUCGUGGUGUUUUUCAUUAUGCCAGCCAAGACGAACAACUUCAACGUGGAAACAUUGAAAGGACAGGCCAUCCGGAAGCAGCUGUGGGAUACUGCUCACUCAGUUAAAGAGAAAUUUGGAAAGAAGCUGUAUGAUGCAUUGUUAAAAGGGGAAAUACCAGAUAUGAACAAGAUUCUUGACAGAGAUGACUUUACCAUUAUGAAAAGAGCCAUCUAUGGAACCCAGCGGCAAUCGCUGCCUCCAGUGACGACCCACAACAUGCUUGAUGAUUCCACUGACCCCAUUCUGAUCAACAUCCGACGCAUUGGCCUCUUUAACAGCCGGACAGACAGAGUAAAGGUUAUAUUUCACCCGGAGUUCCUUUCUUCAACCAGUCCCCUGUUACCGAUGGACUAUGAGGAGUUUGUCCGUGGCUGCCAUCUGGGAGUCUUCCCCUCAUACUACGAGCCCUGGGGUUACACUCCUGGUGAGUGUACAGUGAUGGGGAUCCCCAGUGUCACCACCAACCUGUCUGGAUUUGGCUGUUUCAUGCAGGAUCACGUAGCUGACCCAGCUGCAUAUGGCAUCUACAUCCUGGACCGCCGGUUCCGCUCCGCAGAUGAGUCCUGUAAUCAGCUGACCCAGUUCAUGUUUGGGUUCUGCCAGCAGUCCCGGCGUCAGAGAGUCAUCCAGCGGAACCGCACCGAGAGGCUCUCAGACCUGCUGGACUGGCGCUACCUGGGCCGGGUGAGGGAGGCUUAUUACAUGCAUGCACGGCACCUUGCGCUGAGCAGAGCCUUUCCUGACCUGUUCAAGAUGGACCCGACAGCCCCACCGCGGACGGAGGGCUUCCGUUUCCCCAGGCCGUCGUCAGUGCCCCCCUCCCCCUCGGCCUCCGUUCACUCAACCCCUCACCACAGCGACGAGGAAGAGGAGGGUAAUGAUGAGAGGUAUGAUGAGGAAGAGGAGGCUGAGAAGGACAGGCAGAACAUCAAGGAGCCCUUCACCCUGGGGGAGGUCCCGCAUGGGGAGUAUGGGAACAGAGAGCUACAACACUAGUGCUACCUUCAGGCAGCUUACACUGCGACUGCUGUGCAAAGCAUGACACACCUGCAGAGCCAGGACCCAGGGCUACUCGACAUCCACUGCAUUUCCCUCAUACUAAACUCCUUACCUGUUUAACAUACAAUUAUGUAUGUUCUGUGUGUUUCUACUGUAUAGUGCUGAGUCCAUAGCAAAGAAAGACUGUAGCAGAAACAAACAUAGAGAACAAUAGAGAAAAACACAUCAUAGGAUGUUAAUCGGGUAAGACACUGAAUAUUAGAAAAUUGUUGAUAAUCCCUUUAACCAAGAAAAGAAAGCAAAGGAAUUCUUACACAGGCCCAUAAAAUGGACCCAUAUCACCCAUUCUUUCUACCAAUGACACUUUAACCAUUCAAUCUUUCCAUCAGUAGUCUUUGGUGACUUCAGUCCGUCUGCAAUUUGUAAAAAAGUGGUAAUUGUGUUACUUUCUGUUAAUCUUUUAAAGAAAAAGUACAGAUAAGAUGCAAAGGGGUGAGAUAGUUUUAAAGAUUCUUCAGAAGGUUUUACUAAAACAAUGUUCCCUUGCAAAAUAACAUACCAAAAACUAAUGCAAUAAAAUAAUGAAUAUGUGACGAAGACUAUUAAUAUGACUUUGAUAAAGCAUGGUUUCCGUGCAACCCCUCACCCACCCCACAGACAAUCAUGGAAAUAAAAUGUCUUCUAGACGGGUACUCUCUGGGUCUAAUAAAUUAUAAUGAACCUGGAUGAGUCUGCAUGGUAAGACUGUGUAAGGACUAGGGCUUUCAACUGAUCAAAGAUGUCAGACAAAUUACAUAUUUUACAGGAAUUAUAAGAUGUGUGACUACAGUAUGCUGAACUAAUAAAAUAAGCUUC